AUGAGGAAGAGGAGGAGCUGCAGAUGGAGGAAGAGGAGGCGUCCUGUCCGUCUGUGUCCGAGGAGAGGAGCGGCCGCCAUGUUAACCAAGAAGCCCGGAACCUCGGUCCUCCCGACGGGCAAAGUGGGCGAGCCGGUCUACUCUCCCGGUCACGGUGGCUCUCAGACGACGUCGCCUGUCGCCCUGCCGCGGCUUCGCAACAACAACCACAACCCCCUGACGGGAGGCUCUAAAGCCACCAUGUCGGACACCGUCCAGCUAUCGUCGCAGUCGCAGGUCCACGUCACACAGCUGUACGAGGAGAACACCAACAAGCGUCCAGUGCUUACCUCCCAGCCCAACGGCCUGGCUCCUCUCAGCUCCACCCGGCCGGGGCUGCCGCUGCCAGACCGCCAGACCUCGGCCUCAGAGCCCGCCCACCACUGCCGGCAGGGCAGCGCUGCCUCCAACAAGUCGACAGACAGCAAGCCAAAGCCCACCUCCAUGUCCCCGGAGCAGGCCAUGAAGCAGUUUGUGUCCAAAAUGUCGUCGUUCGAACACCACGAGGUGUUCAGCUACCCUGACGUGUAUUUUGUUGGUCCAAAUGCCAAGAAGAGGUCAGGGGUCAUGGGCGGAGCCAACAACGGCGGCUACGACGAUGAUCAGGGAUCCUACAUCCACGUUCCGCACGACCACAUCUCCUACCGCUAUGAAGUCCUGAAGGUCAUUGGCAAAGGCAGCUUUGGACAGGUUGUGAAGGCCUUUGACCACAAGUCUCAGACCCACGUGGCUCUGAAGAUGGUCCGCAACGAGAAGCGCUUCCACCGGCAGGCGGCGGAGGAGAUCCGCAUCCUGGAGCACCUGAGGAAGCAGGACAAGGACUCGAGCAUGAACGUCAUCCAUAUGCUGGAGAACUUCACCUUUCGAAACCACAUCUGCAUGACCUUCGAGCUGCUCAGCAUGAACCUGUACGAGCUUAUCAAGAAGAACAAGUUCCAGGGCUUCAGCCUCCCGCUGGUCAGGAAGUUCGCCCACUCCAUCCUGCAGUGUCUGGACUCGCUGCACAAGAACCGCAUCAUCCACUGCGACCUCAAGCCCGAGAACAUUUUGCUCAAGCAGCAGGGACGCAGCGGCAUCAAGGUCAUAGAUUUUGGUUCUAGCUGUUAUGAACAUCAGAGAGUUUACACCUACAUCCAGUCCAGGUUCUACCGAGCACCAGAGGUCAUUUUAGGCUCCAGGUAUGGGAUGCCUAUCGACAUGUGGUCUCUGGGCUGCAUCCUGGCUGAGCUGCUGACCGGUUACCCGCUUUUGCCUGGUGAAGACGAAGCCGACCAGCUGGCCUGCAUCAUUGAACUGCUGGGCAUGCCCAGCCAGAAGCUCCUCGACGCCUCCAAGAGAGCCAAGAACUUUGUGUCGUCCAAAGGUUACCCGCGGUACUGCACUGUCACCACACUGCCUGACGGCACCACUGUGCUGAAUGGCGGUCGCUCGCGACGAGGGAAGGUACGCGGCCCGCCGGGCAGCAAGGACUGGAGCGCAGCGCUGAAAGGCUGCGAUGACCCACUGUUCCUAGACUUCCUCAAACAGUGUUUGGAGUGGGACCCGGCUCUCAGGAUGACGCCCAGCCAGGCGCUCCGCCACCCGUGGCUGAGGAGGCGACUUCCCAAGCCACCAGCAGGAACCACCACGGGGGAAAAGACCUCCUCCAAACGGGGCACCACCACCACCGACGGCGGCAUCACCUCAAUCUCCAAGCUCGCCACCACCUCCUCAACCACCACGUCCUCCUCCUCUAAAACAAGGACUAACUUGGCAGCAAUCACUGAUGCCAACGGAAACAUCCAGCCUAGGACGGUUCUGCCCAAGCUGGUCAGCUGAGAGUGAAUGCACCCCGCUCGCUGUGGUGGGAGUUGUAAGCUGUGUUCUCGGGCAUCCGGGGGCAACCAGCUGGAGCCGAAUAAAACUGGUUUGUCCAGUUUUGAAGAGCGUUUGGGUUUUUGAUGCUGGCUUUCACAGCGUUGUUGGAGUGCAUUCAGGACAAACACAGUCAUGGAAACUCAGCGUUGGGGUGUUAAAAUGUGCAGAAUGGCCAGGCUGGGAUGUAAGCUGAGCUGAAGCAAACUUUGUUGAUAAAUUGGGGUGCGUUCAGACUCAAAUUCUCAGUCCUCUCCGAAGACGCUAGUUUUUUUACGUUGUGAGCAGCAAGACAAGAAGUGACCACACAUGUUUAAAAUUGUGGGGCUGCUCAGACAAUCAGAACACACCACUCUGUAGCUCCAAACACACAAACACAAAAACAUGGUGCUAACGCAGGGAACAAGGCUUUUUUUAUGUUUAUAGCACGGGAACUAUUUAGCUGAGCUGAUAGUCGAUGAAUCGAUUAGACGCCAAAAGCAACUUUUCAUGACCUUAGUCUUACAAGGUUAUAUCUACAGGUGAAAAAGAAGUCAGAUAUAUCCUUAUAAUGCUAAGGUAACAGCUGCAAAAAAGCAAAGAUUACCUUGCUAAUCUUUGUUUCAAUUCAUCAUGAAAUAACUCCUUUUGUGUUGCGUUUCAGUUUGGGGAAUAUUUGUGAGCAUUUGACAUCAUUUUGACUUAAAUGAACAAUUAGUCAAAACCAAAUCCCGGCAACUCGAACUGAACCACCUGUCUGUUAGCUGGCUAGCUUUCUUAGCUACCUGUUGUUUCACGGUGUCCAGCUAGUCUAGGUUACCAUGCUAGCUUUGUGCCUGUCAGCUGGUUAGUUGUUAGACAGCCAUUUGUUUGUGUUUAGCUGUCACUUUGCUACUUAUUUACCUAUUAACUGGCUAGCAGUUAGCCUAGCAAACUUAAAUCAGUCAGCUAGCUGUAGCUGGCUCACUGUUUGCCUUUUUUGGCAGUCUGGUGGCUAGCCUUAGCCUUUUUAGCCAUAGCCUGUUAGCUCUCCACUGCCCAGCCUUAUGAAGCACAGAUUUAGAGUUUUAAAGUGUUUUACAUUUGGAGGUUAGCAAAAAGAGAGUUAAAUGGAAAAAAGCCUAGAAAAUAAGUGUUUGUGUUAACUUUCAUCAUUUUGUGCCCUAUUUAAUUUAUUUUAAUGAAAUAAAUCUGAAUAUUAAGGACACAAAAUGGCUGAAGGGGCUAUGAAGGUAGAGUAAAGGCAGUUUUAUGGACAAUUUUAAAUCAUGUUGAAAUCAAAGGGCUCUAAUGUUAGAAAAUGGGAUUGUUAGGAACCAAAGUCUUUCCUAUUUGAAAGUAGAAAAUUAGGCUGUGGCGGUUGUAUGAAACAGUAGACUAGCAUUAAAUUAAAUUUUGUUGAAACUUGCAAUAAAGCGCAGUCUUUAAGGCAAAAACAAAAUCAAAAAGCCGUUACAGCCUCGCUGGAAGCUAACGUAGGAUAAACUAUUGCUGCGAUAAUACAAUAACAUGCUGGUCGUCUGUGUCACUGACAGACUGCUUCUGAUUGUUGAGGACCAUUUUAAAUCAUAAAUGAUAAAGUCAAAUUCAUUUUUAGCUUGCUACUAAGAUUUGUGAUGGGGUGUGUGGUGGGGUUUACAUUUCUGUGCCAGCUUCAUGUAGUCUUGGCUCUAAUAAAGGGAGGAGAUUCAGAGCAGAAAUGGUUCUGGAUUUAGGACAAAAGCUUUGUGAUCAGCAUAUUUUACUGCCUGAAACUAACAUGAUGUUAGCAUGUGACUGAGUCAGGGUUUCUUUCAAAGUAAUCAACAUUUCUGAAAGAAUUUAGACACUAAACAGAUUCACUAAGACGCAAAUCAUAAUUACUUAUAUCAUUAGAAGGGCUCCAGUCACAUCAGUGUGUGGUCAGGUGUAAACACCUGCAGUCAGCUGCGAUGCAGGUGAGCUUACACGUUGAUAUGAGAUGCAUAGCAGGUCGUUGUCGUGGCUCAAUAGCAGCGUUCCAUCCAACUGUAGCGCAAAUUUUAUCGGAAUUUCCACAAAACUGUAAAUUAAUGCACGUUUCCAUCCACUGCUUUUAUUAUAUUAGUUAGAUGCAUCGAGAUGAUGUCAGUCAGUGGGGGCAACUCUGCAGUCAUCAUGUUUACACAGUGAGAGUCCAUGAUAGCAGCAGUGGAUUAGAGAAUAGAUUAUUACUGGAGAAAUCAAAUCUAUUGAUCAUUUAUACAUGGAUGUGGAUAUGACAAAGAAUUCAGACAGAAAGUAUCAUCACAAUUACAGUGUACUGUUAGAAAAUAUAAUCAAUCUGUCAGAGAUUAUAAGUCAGCGAGCAGGACAGAUGUGUUGCAGUUUGGGAUUUUUACAUCAAUGACAGAACUGCGAUUUGUCAGAUGUUAAAUUUACUGGAUUAACCAAAAACACAGCCUGGUUAUCAUAUCCAUAAAAACUUCAUUAUAACUUUAAAUUAAAAAAAAGAUGAGACUCUGUGUAUAACAUCUAUGUCAUCAUUUGCUAAUUCUUAACAAUUUAACAGAGUACAAAGACAAUAUAUUUAAUAUUUGGCCUCAUCAACUGCAUUGAUUUUUUUGUAAAUAUAUGCUUAUUCUGAAUUUGGUGAUCCUGGAAAGGCUCAGUGGUUCACAGCGAGGAUGG